ACAUGUUUCCCCAUGCAGCUCCUCAGGGACAAAGCUUGUCUCUGGUGGCGGUUCCCGGGACAAAGACGGUGCUAGUGGCAGCUUAUCAGGAGCACCGCACAGAGAAAAAGGAGGUUCGUGUCAUUGCCGUGGUGCUGAGGAGCGAGACGGUUGCCUAUCGCUGUGUCUUCCGUUGUCAGGAUAAACGGCACAAUUCCUCAGGUGUCAGCUACGUCCAUAGGGACCACUUUGGCUUUGCGUACGGGACGGCGGACAUCAUGUGUCCUGUCCCCCCAGACUGUGAGACCCCAUCCCAUAUCGCCGUGCGCUCUGCUGCAGGUCUCUCUGAAGAUACGCCCACCUCGACCCAGUUUUUAGAGGUGAGGAACCAGAAGGUGCAGAGUGACUCCUUUCCCUACAACUUCACCGUCUGCUUCUCCACCAUGUUUGAUUUCACAAACAUGCUUCAGCUGGUCCAGAGUCUGGAAAUGCUGCAGUUACUGGGGGUGAACCGAGUUGUCGUCUACAAGUCCAGCAGCAGCCCUGAAACGCAGCGCAUACUGGACUACUACACAAACAAAGGUUUGGUAGAAGUGAUUCCCUGGUCCAUCUCCAGAUUUGUGAAUGUGUCUCGGGGCUGGCUGCCCCAACACGGUCCAGGUGACCUCCACUACCUCGGCCAGAUCCCUGCUCUCACCGACUGCGUUUACCGAUACAUGUACCGGUCCAGAUACGUGGCCCUGCACGAUAUGGACGAGCUGAUCCUGCCCCAGGCGGUCAACAGCUGGACGGAGCUGUUGCCUCUGCUGGAAAACAAAUAUGGCUCUGACCAGUGUUACAUGUUUGAGAACAACGUGUUCUCCGUCGCCGUCACCCGGCGUCCUCCCGGCAACCGAACCCUGCACCCGCGGGACUGCUGCCCCGGCCGUGUGUCCGGGGUCAACAUCCUGGCCCACCUGUACCACGAACCCAUCACCCCAAAGACCCAGUACGAAAACUUCAAGAUCAUCGUUAACCCCCGCACUGUGUUCUCCCCGACCGUCCACGGGCUGCUGAGCUCGCAGAAAGGCUGCUCCUGGGUCGACAGGGACGUCGCACGGAUGUACCACACAAGAGCUCCGAGGCAAACCCAGCUGACCCCAGACCAGCUGCUUUACGACGGUCGCCUGCUGAGCUACAGCGCUCGCCUCACGCCGAACGUCAACGCGGUGUUCACGGAGACUUUCAACGCCCAAAAAACACUUUGCUUUGAAGACUGCUUUGCACCUUAAGCAGAGUGAAGCUCAGGAAUCUUUUGUCUUGUUGAGACAAGGAGAGGACUCAUCGCCACAGGGUUUUAAACCUUAAAGUGCCCACGUUAUGCUCAUUAUCAGGUUCAUAGUUGUAUUUUGAGGUUGUAACAGAAUAGGUUUCCAUGGUUUCAUUU